UCUAACCAGGGCAGGGACGCCCCACUUCCCUUCAGGGGUGAACCCUCAGGUGCAUGAGCUUGACAGGGCCUUUCCAUGCAGAGCCGCUCUAAGAAGAAGACAGUGAUCAGUGUGAAGAGACUGUUCCAGAACCUCGGUGGACAUCAGCCGUGGGGGCAAGUGGCUAGUGAGAAAGGAUGAGACGGAUAGGCCCAGCUGGGGGUGGAGAUGUGGCAGGAGCUGGGACGGGGACCCAGGUUUUCCCCACCUCAUGCAGCCUCAGGGGAAAGGGGCCUUUAAAGCCUGGGCCCCAGGAGUCGCUUCAUCCAAGUGCUCAGAUAACAUGAGCAGGGCUCUGUCUCUGCUUUCUCAUCCACUUCCAUCUGCCUGGCUUAAUUGCUGGGUGGGCUGUUUUCAGGUGGCACCAAGAUGGCUUAUGAUUCCAAGGAAGGAGUCAGUGUUCUUCCUGAGGCACCUGAAGUCCCGGGAAGGACUUUGGUUGGCUUGGCUUGGGUCUCACACCCAUCUGUGAACCAGUCACUGGCAGGGACAAUGGAGUACUCUUGAUGGCAGGUCUGGGUCCUGUGACUGCCCCUGGGCCCUAGGCACAGGGUGGGGUGGUUUCCCAAAGGAAGACAUCCUAGGUAGAUCAAAACGUGUGUGCACCACACACCGAGCCUUCCUUGGGAUGGGGCCCAAUUCUCCUCUGUCACCACCACAAUGUGAGCCUCCUGCUGUCCUCUGGUCCCCAGGUGUCCCUGGGCUUACAUCACCCACCGACAGCGCCGGUUCUCCAUCCUUGGGGGUGCUAUCCUGGGCAAGUCGGUGGCGAGCAUCUUGGCAGAGCUGCUGCGUGAGGAGCUGGCAGUGCGAUGGGAGCGGCUGCUUCUGGAUGAGACCUACACCGGGGGAGCUUUGGCCUGGGUGCCUGGAAGGACACCCCAGGUCGGGCAGCUGGUCUACCCUGGUGGAGGCACCCUGGACACACUGUGUUUCCAAGAGGUCAAUCUGACCCCAGAUAGCAACCUUGAAGUCCCAGGGUGUCCUGGACGCAUCCACCUCCGAGGUCCUGUGCGGCAGGUGGUGACCUGCACAGUCCAGGGAGAAGCGAUGCUGGCCGUCCGCUCUGACUACCACUGUGCUGUAUGGAAGGUCAGUAAACAGGGGCAGCCAGCCCUUCUGCAGGUGCUGCAGGUUGAGAAGGGAGCCACAGGGAUCAAUCUCAGGCUGCAGGAAGUCUACAGAGACCCUGAGACCCUUGUGUUCCGGGACCCCGCUCCCUGGCGCUGGGCAGACUUCACAGCCCAUCCUCGGGUGUUGACUGUGGGGGACCACACUGGAGUGAAAAUGGUUGACACUCAGGGCCCACCGGGCUGUGGUCUGCUGCUUUUUCGUGCGGGAGCAGAAGCAUCAUGCCAGAAAGGAGAACGUGUCCUGCUCACACAGUACCUGGGGCAGUCCAGCCCUGAUUCUCUACCCCCCACCCUCCACCUCAUCUGUACUCAGUUCUCACUCUACCUGGUAGACGAGCGCCUGCCCUUGGUGCCCAUGCUAAAGUGGAAUCAUGGCCUCCCCUCCCCACCCCUGCUGGCCCGGCUGCUGCCUCCACCCCAGCCCGGCUGCCCACAGCCCCUGAUUCUGGCAGGCCAGGGUGGGCAGCUGCAGCUGCUGCCCAUCACAGGAGGUGAAGCGUCUACACCCCGGUUGGCAGGGCCCCCCCAGUCUCUUGCCUCCAGGAGAGACUCCCUCUCUGCAUUUCCUCUGCUAGAACCCAAGAGCCAGUGGCAGCUGGAGGAGCGUCUGAAGGCACCAACCAUAGGUCUGGCCACUGCCAUCCCGCCCCCGGCCUCCAGGCCAGGCAUGGUGCUCUUCCAGCUCUCAGCGGCAGGAGACAUCUUCUACCAGUACCUCCGCCUGCAGGAGGACUCUGCCAGAGACGCUGGGCCUCCUGGCGACCCCAGGCCAGAGUGUCCCACCCCCACGGUUUCCUGGACCCCCCAAGACACUGCCUGCUGCAGCCAGUGGCUGAAGAUCCUUCUGGAGGUCCCCCCAGACCGCCCUACAUGGGCUGUACCCACCUUUUUCCACCAGCAGCAGCUGAGCCGCAUGGAGCUGCAGAAGGAUGGGGGGAAAUUGCUAGAGGCUCUGCGGGAGGCCAUGGCCAAAGGGCGGCUCCUACAGCAGAGGGAUCUGGGCCCACUCCCCACAGCAGAGCCACCUCCCACACCUGAGUCCAGCCCAGAUGAGCUCAGUGAGCGUCUGGGGGAAGCCUGGGAAGGCCGAGGGGCUGCCUGGUGGGAGAGGCGCCAUAGCAGGACUUCAGAGCCUGGGAAACAGCUCAAGCGGCCCAAGCGCCGGACUCAGCUGUCCAGUACAUUCUCCUCGCUCAGUGGCCACCUGGACUCCUUGGAUGCCACUAGCCCACCUCCUAGCCCAGACUGGACAUCUGCCAAGGCCAGACCUCUACCCUCAGCGACUCCGCCCUCCCAGGAGCUGACUCCAGAUUUGUGGGCCCAAGGCAUCCCAUCAGAGCAGCGGCGGAACUCCCAGGACUCCACGGCCAAGCUGCCCCUCAAGAGGGAUACCCCGUCCCAGCAGCAGUCUCUCCAGAACCAUGUGGCCAAGCUGCCACUCCAAAGGAACACUCCAGAACAUGCUGCCACAACCUCUUCUCAGGCCUCUAGCAUCCGGGCCACCCACUCCUGGCUGCACACACCUGUCCCCUCAGGUUCUCAGCCCCACCGGAAGAAGCCUCGAAUGGGCUUUUGAGCAGGCUGGCAAGCCCUCACUCUCCUUCUGACCAUCUGUGCCGUCCACAGUGGAAACUCGGGAAACAGGCAGCUCCACAGGGCAGCGCUUUCCACCCUCAGAAGGCCAUUGUGAUUAUGAGCCAAGUUGGAGGAAUGGGGCAGGAAAAUAGUAAUAUUUUACGUAUCUGUCUGAAGGUGAUCCCAAAAGGCAAGUUGGAAGGUCCUGGUGGGCCUGUCUCGGGGCCAGAGUGGCUGCACUGCCAGUUCUCUCCAGGAGACGCAGGGUAGCUUCAGGAGUCUCAGCUCUCCUGUGAGACGGGGCAGCAGGGCCAGUGCCCGGGUGUGGUGAGGGUGGAGGGGCUGGGGAUCUGCUCACACUGGGCAAGGCCGCGGGAGGCAGCACAGUAGCUGUCAGCAGCCAUGCUUGGGGUUGAUUGGCACUUGUCGGUCUCCGCUGUGGUCUGAUGUUUUGCACAGGUAGACACUCUGGGGCCAGGGUCAGGGGUUGAGUAAACUUGC